AUGAAGCGUGAAGUUCCACCCGCCAAUCACCAGAGCUCUCUAGAAAACGCUACCGCCGAUGUUCCGGAUAACCGUACCGAAGCGGUUGGAUUAUUCUAUCCAGAAUAUGAUAAACUGUAUGAACAACCGGUGUUUAAAUACGGUGGUGACGGCGAUGGUAUCGACGCCAAACGCGAAGAUAUCACCAAUAUCAGAUCUCAAAGAGAAUGUACACCUCCCAGCGACUCCGAACCCAAUACAACAGAAAAGAUCCCAGUCCAAUUUCAAAACAUCACAAACGACACAGUACCAGAAGACUAUCCAGAUACAAAGUCCACCACCCAAGAACCAUCCUCCAAACGGCCAUUCUAUAAACUUCAAUACUCCGCCAUUCUCCAGAAUUUCCAAACCAUUCUCAAAAAUGAAAUCACAGAGAUCAUAAAAAUCACAUCAACUCUAAUUUACAAAAUCACAAAAUACUCCAUAAUACUUUUCCUAGCGCUAUUAAUCGGAGGAAUCAUCCCUUUCCACCUCAUAGCACUGAUCUUUCCAGACUCAACCUGUGGAUUCUUCGAUCCAUAUACUCCAGAUUCUCUAGCUAUCUUAUCACCAUGUUCAACUUCAACAUGGUCUGGAAUCCCAGCGCCGGAUCCUUUCUUCGCACGUGCAGUAUAUCAAAGUUCGUCGUUCGGAGACCUCCAAAAGGUUUCCUCAAAAUCAGAUAGUCUCCCGUCGAAAAUCAGCGGCACGAGACAUGAAUUUCGAAAAAUAUUGAUGGAGUUAACGGUUGGGACUGCAGAUGUAUCUUCAAUGGCAAACCUCUAUUCCCUAAUCCCAGAAUACAACCACCUCCUCGACGCCGUCAUAGAUGGCAUGCACGACUGCAGUUCAAAAACCCAUAGCCUAAUAGACGACGCAAUAACCUACACCUCCUGGACCAACGCCGCCCUUCGCAGAAUCGACUCCAAAAACUCAUCUGCUCUCACAUCCCUAAUCUACUACCGAAGAUGGUGGCCCUACGAAAAAUCUUUCGCAGAGAUGGAAUUAGAAAGAGCGUUUGACAAUUACGCCGUCAAGAUGGAAGAUCUGGCCGGCAGUGUCUAUGAUAGAUACGUAGAGUUAGGAAAGCAUCUCAUGGAGUUUGAAAGGAAGUUAGAUUCUAUUGCUAAUGCAUUGAAUAUGGGACGUGAUACAUUCGAAGAGACCAAGAUGACAGAAAAGUCGUUUUGGAAGGAGUUGAUCGGGUCGCAGCCGUAUAAACAGAAGAUGGAGGAUUUGGAUAGGAAGUCUGAGCUUUUUGCGGUGGUUUAUAAGUCUUCGAUGGAAGGGUUGCAGAUUGUGGAUGCGACUAAACUUGCUUUGUCGCAGACACGAAUGGGUAUUCGCCACUUGAGAGAGGAAGUUGGGAAAGCGACUUUACCACGGGGUAAAGAGUGGUCGUUGAAGUUGACGAUGAGGUUAUUAGAGAAUAGUGUGGCAGAGCUUCGAGCUUCCAAGGCCUACCGGGUUGGAUAUCCCUAA